AUGUCGGGAUUCAGAGACGCUCGCUGUUUUCCGCGUCUUGUCCUCGCUGUGAAUCUCGCUCUCGCUCUUCUUCACGCCCUCGUUGCUUCCCUUGCCUUCUUCCAGUUGAUGAGGAUACACUUGAGAAAUGCGCAGGUUGGUUGGACUCGGCAAAAAGUGUUCCAUCUAUUGAUUGGCUCUUCUAAUUUGGGUUACGUCAUUUAUUUGGCAUUGACACUUGUUGCUGCUUGCAAGGGAUGGAGCUGUUGGUCGCACUCGUGUGGUUUCAUGUUUAUGGCUUUCCCGAAAGUACUUUUUUUUGCAGCAUUUCUUCUUCUUUUAUCAUUCUGGGUUGACCUUUGCCAUCAAGCAGAUGAUGAUGAUGACUAUGAAGGAAGUUUUUGUGAAAACCCUUUACUGGAAAAGACAUCCAAUGAAUCAAACAUAGCAAGCAUAGACAGCCAUCGAAAGUGCUUUCCUCUUCGGCUUGCUCGUGUUGGAAAUCGGCAAAAGAUUGUGAUUUUGGUUACAUUGAUAGUUUUCAUCACCUUGAUAGCAUUUGCUGUGAUAAUUUGGAUUGGGCUAGGAAAGAAUCCCAUUGAUUCCGAAGUGGCAGCUCAGGUAUAUUUAGAUCUUUCUGCCAUUGGAAUGCUUUUGUUGGGAGGAGCAUUAGCAUGUUAUGGAAUCCUUUUAUGCUUGAAAAUGAGCAAAGUGAGAGCUGAGAAACCUUCAUCUGAAAUGUGGAAGGUUGCAGGUUUAACUAUUGUCUCUGUACUAUGCUUCACAUCAAGUUCAUGUGUAGAACUCUUAACUGAUAUCCCUAUGCAGUAUAACUGGCAUCAACAGCGUCUGAAUGAUGUUUACACCUCUCUUAUACUCAUUUUGUAUUAUUUUGUGGGUUCAUCAAUACCUUCAGCAGUGAUACUGUGGGUAAUGAGAGAAUUACCACCGGCAGAAGCUGCUGGCAUACCAGAAGAAUCUACAAUAACUUUUGUUGCUGAUAGUUCAAUAGCAAUUCAUCAUCCUCAACGCUGGACUACAGCAACAAGCGUGCAGAAUCAGAUAUCAAGAGCGAGUCCUAUAUAA